AUGGCAGCCACUCGCACUCUAGAGGCUCGCUUCGAGCGCAUGUCGGUGAUGGAUGAGAAUGACUCUGGAUACACCAAGACCAAGGUCACCACGACUACGACACAACUGCCGCACGGAAGCAGUCGGACGAACCUCUUCAAGGUCGCUCUACAAUCACACGCCGCCAGCAACCCCGUCUCCGCCUCGGUUACCCUGCCGUCACAAGCCAUCAAUCGCAAGCUCGCCCAGCACCAGCACCACAACCACAACCACAACCACAACCACCACACCGGCCCCCAGUCGCCUCCCGCUCCGACCCGAAAGGCGCUCCCGUCCUCGGCCUCCUCGUCCGCCCGCAACUCGGAAGAGUCGUCCGCGGGCACGGCCGAGGACAAGGCGGCGGCGAUGCUCAUCGCGCACCAGCCCAUGCUGCCACGCGAGUUCCACCUCGGCAUGUUCGAGAUUGGGCGGCCGCUGGGCAAGGGCAAGUUUGGGCGCGUGUACCUAGCGCGGGAGCGGACGAGCGGCUUCAUCUGCGCCCUCAAGGUGCUGCACAAGAACGAGCUGCGGCACGGCGGCGUCGAGCGCCAGGUGCGGCGAGAGAUCGAGAUCCAGAGCAAUCUGCGGCACCCCAACGUGCUGCAGAUGUACGGCCACUUCCACGACAGCAAGCGCGUCUUUUUGAUCCUCGAGUUUGCCGGCAAGGGCGAGCUGUACAAGCACCUGCGCAAGGAGAGCCGCUUCCCCGAGUGGAAGGCGGCGCAGUACAUUGCGCAGAUGACGUCGGCUCUGCGCUACCUGCACCGUAAGCAUGUUAUUCACCGCGACAUCAAGCCGGAAAACAUCCUGGUCGGCAUCCACGGCGAGCUCAAGAUCUCCGACUUUGGCUGGAGCGUCCACGCGCCCAACAACCGCCGCAAGACCAUGUGUGGCACGCUCGACUACCUGCCGCCCGAGAUGUUGCGGCCUGGCCAGUCGGAGAACUUUUACAACGAAAAGGUCGAUCUCUGGAGCUUGGGCGUCUUGACGUACGAGUUCCUCGUUGGUGAGGCGCCGUUUGAGGAUACGCCGACCAUGACACAGCGGAGGAUUGCGAGGGCAGACAUGUCGGUGCCGUCGUUUGUGAGCCCAGAAGCGGCCGAUUUGAUCAAAAAGCUGCUCGUUCUAGACCCUGAGAAGCGCAUUCCUCUCGACCAGAUCCCGCUACACCCUUGGAUAGUUAAACACUGCGUAAAGGGCGAGCGGGUUGCGAAUAGGGAAAAGUCGUAUAAGUGA